CUCGACGCUUUCGAGAUCGGACUCUUGCCACCUCCUUAAAACCCCCCGCCUUAUAUUCCAGAAGUCGGAGACGCGUUACACUAGUAUGCGACACGCGACACAGCUGCGAAGCCGAACCCUCGCAACAUCGUACAUUUUCUUGAAAGUGUGUCUGCAGGUUGAUACUGAAAUGCAACUUGGUAUAAGCUUAAACAGUUUCAAUUCAUGUCUCGAACACGACACAGGUGAAGCGUAUCCCUCUGGCAAUAAGGCGUUUGGAUAUGGUCACACCUCGGCAUACUAGAGCGGGCAACGCGCAUGGGCCCAUGUCGUCAUGUCGAAAUUCUAGCUAUCUUUGCAUCUGCAACAAGCAAGAACAUCAUUGUCAUUAGAGAAGCGCAAGCUCUACGCACGCCAUGUCCUGGCUCAAGCGGCGAGCAGGUCCAUUGAUAGUUCUCGGAACCUCAGCCGUUGGGGGCGCCGUGUACCGCUUCACCAGAUCCGCAGACCGAUCCGACGCAUCGCUGAACCCGUAUGAUUUCACGCCGUACACGCUCGUAGACAAGCAACCCGUCUCUUCCACCAGCGCAAUCUUCACAUUGCGCAACAGCAAUGGCGUAUCGGACACAGAGAGCGUAAAGGAGGUGUGGAAGCGAAGCGUCUGGAGCGUUCAGAUUAAGCAACCACAAUUACAGAUUGCACGUGCAUACACACCGCUGCCCCCUACGCCUCCCGAUCAAAAGCAUGGCGAGAACGAGCCGGAAGACAUGAGGUUGCUCAUACGGCAGGAACAGGGCGGCGAGGUUUCGACCUACCUGCACCGCCUACCCGAACAGUCCACGGUCGAAUUGCGAGGACCGAAUACCGAACUCAAGCUUCCCCGCGACAUCAUAGAGGUUGUCUUUCUGGCAGGCGGAACUGGCAUAGCACCCGCAAUGCAGGUUGCGCAGGCGCUGGCAAGAAGGACUGGAAGUCGGAUGCACAUACUAUGGGCGAACAGACGCCGUGAAGAAUGCGAAGGUGGCAUCAGCGACGAUAGAAGCACAACGUCCGCGCGGGGCAGAGUAGGCUGGUGGAAGAGCUUCUUCGGUUCCGGCGAGCCUGUUGCGCAACCACCGCUUGCAGACGACUCACCCGCUGCACCCAAGGGCGUCAUAGUAAAGGAACUGGAUGCGCUCAAGGAGCAGAGCGGAGUCGCCACAAAAGGCUUGACUGUCAACUACUAUGUUGAUGAAGAGAACUCGUUCCCAAGCCCGAGUGAGAUCGAGAAGAGAAUACAAAGGCAACCGGAGGAGAAAGGCUCUAGAUUGAUCAUAGUGUCAGGGCCAGAUGGCUUCAUCGAACAUUGGGCAGGCAAGAAGCUCUGGGCCAACGGCAGAGAGGUGCAGGGCCCACUGGGAGGCCAACUAGGGCGCAUGCACUUAGGUGAGUGGAAGGUGAUCAAAUUGUAAGACAAUGCAUGUUGAUCAGCGAUACCCAUCUCUGCUAUUCUUCAGGCUUCACGUCUUCGUUGGUUAAUCUUAGUAUACUGUUGGUGUACUCCGCGGAUCUAUAGCGUGAUCCUUGACCUGUUCGUUCUUUGAGUCGGUAAUCGCUCGUAAACGUUCUUCCACGUCCAGCCCAGGGAUAGCGCAGCCAUACUU